AUGACGAACGCUGGUGUUCGACAUAGGUUUAGAGGAAGCAUAAAUGCAGUGAAAAUCAGAGCACCACAAAUUGGAGGUAGUUUCGCAGUGUGGGGUGGACUGUUCUCUACAAUUGAUUGUGGUUUGGUGAAACUCCGUGGCAAAGAAGAUCCUUGGAACUCCAUCACCAGUGGAGCUCUUACAGGAGCAGUCCUCGCUUCAAGGAGUGGACCGCUAGCCAUGGUCGGCUCAGCCAUGAUGGGAGGCAUUUUGCUAGCAUUAAUUGAAGGUGUAGGGAUUCUUCUAACAAGAUACACAGCACAGCAGUUUCAGAACCCAAAUCCAUUUGCAGAAGACCCAAGCCAGCUACCUCCCAGAGAUGCAUCUUCCCCUCAAGGAUAUCGCGGCUUUGGUCAGUACCAGUAGUUUAUGUGAUUAACUUUAUGAGCCAAGCACCAACUAAUAAUUCAAACUGCAGAUACAGAACUUUGGCUUUCCUGAUGCAGAAUUUUAUAAAACUUUCUUUUUUAUUGUCAAAGAAGAUGAAGUCCAUACCACCAUCAGUGUCUGAAAUCGUUCUCGGUUUGCAUCUCGCCAUUUUUUCAUUGCUCACCAAGAAGUCUCUUGUGAAAUUCUGAGUAUGGACGAACAGAGCUCAUCACAAAAUGGAUAGUUCUUUCACUUCUGCAGAUUCGUCUUCAGUACCUCCUAAUAGCACUGCACAAGAUGCAUCAUCGCUGGUCACAGAUGACUGUGCACUUGCUGUAUAGGUUUUAUUUAUAACUUUCAUAUAAGACAGUUGGUUACUGAGAUGCGUGUUGAAUUAAACUGGUGGUAAUGGCCACUGUGGGUAGUGAAGAGAAUUUAACAUAUUGAAUAUCUUAACUUCGUGGCUACCUCAGUAUAAUUUUGGUGGUUGUAUUCUGGAAUUCAUUUACUCAUGUAUGCCCUUCUGUUAUUAAAAUAAAAUUGAAGUAUCUUUAUUGUA